CUGCCAACUUUGCCUGCGCUGCGCCUGUCCAGGGGAUCUCAGUACUCUCCCCUCCUCCCCACCGCAAAAAUCCACGAAACCCUCGUGCUCCCGUGCCCCACCACCGCGCGCCUCGUCGCCACCCCGAUCGAUCGCCUCGUGAAGCGCUCCGCGGCCCCCUGCCCGGCUGCCCCUAGGCGGAAGAACAACCCCCCCUUCUCCCUCCCGUACAUGGAAACCGCCGCGCUUGGCGGGCCGCGGGUGCAGGUCCGGGCCGCGGUGGUAUACUGCCGCGGCGCCGGCCAGGGCAAGCGGCGCGCAGUAGCCGCUCGCCUCGCCCCGCCCGGCCGCCGGCGGAGGGCGUUUGUUGCCGCGCUCCCGGAACGGCUCGAGCCGCUCUCGCUAGCGCAGGAGGGCGCCGUGGCGGCAGCGCCCGGGGCUGAUGGUGAGGAGGUCCAUGGCGGUGUGGCUUCUGCUGAAAUCUCGUCUCCCUGUGAUGUUCUUGGGAAGACGGUGCGUGUUAGAUUUGUGCUAAGGAAGGAGUGCACGUUCGGCCAAAGCUUCCACCUUGUCGGCAACGACCCCGCGCUCGGCAUCUGGGAUCCGUCAAAGGCAGCGACUUUGGAUUGGUCGGAAGGUCACGACUGGACUGCAGAGAAAGAUUUGCCAGCCAACAGCUUGAUUGAGUACAAGUUCGUGCUGCAAGACUUGUCGGGCAGGUUGCAUUGGCACAAUGGGCCUAAUAGAAGCAUACAGACAGGUCAAACAACAAACACUCUAGUCGUCUACGAGGAUUGGGGUAAUGCGAAUAAUCAGAUAAUAGAAGAGGAGGCUAAUGUGUCCGUUGGGAUGGAGGAGGCUGUUGUUCCAGGUGAUGGUGAGUGCAGAAAUGGUAUUAUUGCUGCAGACGAGCUACAGAUGGAUGACAAUCAAGCGGUCAUACAAAAUGAAUCAAGUUUUGGUGAGGAUGACAAGAAAUCAACAGUUGCCACAGGUACUUCCAUUCAAGCAGAAUCAAUGAGUGUACAUGAAGCUAACCAACCAGAGUUUCUGAAUCAGUUAAUUAUAGAUGAACCACAAAUUCAAGAGGCGCUUCAUGAAACAGCAGGCACAGAACCAGAGAAUGACAGUGUGGCAACGUAUGCUGAUGACGGUUAUGCCGAAAGUACGGAUGAUGAUGGUGUUCCAGUAGAAAACCGGUGGACCGGUGCUUUUGAACAUGAGCUGCUUUGGGGUUGGAAGGCCCUGCAACAGUUGCUCAUGAGCCUGGGUUUCAAGAUGAAUACAUCAUGAAAGAGUUAUCAGGUACUGCAAUACAUUGAUGGCAAGCUUGAUGUAUCCUGUUCCUUACAUGGAUUUAGCCGUAACAGCUGCGGCCUGCUGGUGUUUGCUGUAUUCAGUUCUGUACAUAUUAUUUCCCCAGAAAGUAUGUUUAGUAAGGAAUUGGAACCAAACAUCAAUAAGCUAUCGAGUUUGUUCUUAGCUAAUGGAGCAGCCACAUUGCAGCUCAAUGAAGAUAUUAACUUAUGUAAGGGAUGCCGUCCAUCAGUAAUAUAUACUUGCCAUGAGAAUCAUGAGUAUGACUUAAAUCGAGAAUAAACCGAUCCUGGAAUGUCCUACCAUUCAAAGUUCGAAGUGCAUGCUCGAGUCCAGAGUCAGACCAGCUUGACAACGGGUGGCAGAGGUAGAGCCCAGCAUUUCCAAUUUUGAAUAAAUACCAUGUCCUUUUCUUUUCAGGGCAUUUUGGAACAAAGGAAUGGUCCCUACUAUGUCUCUACAUGAAAUGGUUCGGUCCAUUUGAAUUUUAGAGAAAAUAUUGCAUACGUGGUAGCGUCGAGAGGAAAUAUCUCCUGUUCGACCCACUCUAAAUUCAUGUACUCUUUUCCUAUAGACCAUCCAAAAAAAACAUUAGACCCUUGCAUUUUGAGUUCCAAAGGAUUUGCCCUGACUUAUUCCGUAGAGACCCUAAAGAUUU